AAACACGCCAAGCCAGGAGUCAGGGUCAUUUCGAUUUUAACUAUCUGCGAGUGAUAUUGAAGUUCACCUCCUAGUAUUUUAUUAGAACGUUAUUUUUGUGUACUGUAGUAGAAUAAUGUGGUGAAGUGAUCUUUUUGUUUUAGAAAAGACAGCUGGUUUAUAAGUGUGUACCUGUUGGAUUGAUUUGAAAAUCUAGCGCAUUAUGAGUUGUGCAAUUGAAGUAGUAGGAUCAGAUGGGACCUUCUCCCCUAGAGAUACAAUUAAUGGCGUAGUAUCUGUGAGGUUACCAACAGAAACACAUAUUAAUAACAUAUCAUGCUCUAUUACUGGGAAAGAAAAAUCUGCAUGGAGCAUUACUGAAAACAUAUACAACCAGAGAACAAAAAAUUUUUGCACGGGAAUAGUAUAUUACACAGGCGAAAACACAUUGUUAUCGGACAGUGUUAUUCUAACAAGUGACGCAGAUGUCGAUGCCGGAGUACAUGAAUAUCCAUUUACAUAUAUGUUACCAAGAAAUAUACCAAAUUCAUAUAAAUCAAAUUAUGGAUCCAUAGAAUACAAAAUUCAUGUUGUAGUACAUACUAAAACUGGAUAUGAAUAUGAAGCCGAAAAGCUGAUUUCUGUUAAAGCACCAAUAAAUUUUAAUGAUAUCAGAAGUGAACUGCAGCUGGAACCCGUAGCAUAUCAAAACGAAGAGGUUAUGUGGCAUUGCUGUUAUGCAGGUGACCCAAUAACAAUGGAUUUAGUUUUGGAGAGAGAAGCUUUUGUAGUUACCGAACCAAUUUGUUUCAAAUUAGAUGUCAAUAAUAAGUCCAGUGAAAAUAUUGAAGAUAUAAACGUUACUUUAACACUAGUAAUAGAAGCUACUGCAUCCAACCCAAGAAUUGCGCAUAGAUAUGAACAGAUUUUGUUAAAUGGAGCUAAGAUAGGAAAGAUGCGAGGUGGCGAGAAAAAUAUUUUUCCCCUCAAAUUUGAGGUACCUCAAACAAAGGAAAUACCGAAUUUCAAUGGCAGCUCAUUAUUUAGACAAAAAUGUGUUCUUAAGGCUGAAUGUCUGAUAAAUGACUCAGAAAAUACUUUAGAUGUUCAAACGGAAAUAAAAUUAGGUCAUAUUCCUAUCGAUACACAGCGGCGGCCCGGACGUCGACAUGAACCAGUGAGAAGAGUUCACAGUUCGGGUGCAAUAAACAGACCAUUAGGAUUCAAUUUCUUCAAUUCAAGCAAUGAGAAUAUACCGAGUGCUCCUCCAAUAGAUCGACCCUCGGCGCCGUGGAAAACUACAGAUGAUAUCGACACUCUUCCUCCAUCAUAUGAAGAAGCUAUGUGUAAGUCAAAGAAAGAAUGAACACAAUGAAACUGAAUAUGGAUAAGAAAAUUAUGUAGCAUAAUUUACAAUAGUAUAUGAAAUAUACUAGAUGGAUGGAACUAGUUCUAGUAUCAAAUAUUUUGUGUGCAGAACAUAUAAUUACUUUUGUAUUUUCUUUUACAUCCUUGGAGGAUUAAUUCUCAGUAAUAAUAAUAAUAUAUUUAAUUAUCCAAUUUUUAUGGGUAAUAUUACUGUAAAGGUUGUUAUUUUAAAAGUAGACGAAUCCAGGAUUGAUUUAUUAAAGCACCGAAUGAUAAAACCAUGUAUUAUAAUUUGUUGAUUUCAGAUUGUGUUUGUUACUUUUUUGUUAAAUUGGAAAAGCAAUUAUUGAUAAAAAAUUUCUUAGUUAAAUAUUAAAAUUGUAAAACUUUGGUGCAAUAAUUCAGUACAGUAUAUUUCCUCCCAUUUAUUUUGUUUUAGAAAAACACAACUUGCUCAUGUGGCUUAUAUAACUUGAUGAUAACCCUUAUUGUGAAAAUCAUCAAUUGGUACGCAACUAUUAUAAACAUUGAGAAUUCAUGUCAGUAUCGGAAUGUGGUAAUUGCGUAACAAGUUCAUAAUUUUUCUUGCUUGUUCAAAUACUUACACCGAUAUGGUCCUAGUAAUUCCUUCAGUUCAUUAUGGUGGCCGGUUGAAGUACUAUGUUGUGAGGUUAAGAUAACUGUUUAGCGGCUUCAUUAAUUCGAUAUUUACACUAGAACGAGUUUAGAUCGUAUAAAGGCAAUAUCAACAAGCGAUCAUCGUUUUUUAGUUUCAUUCAACCAAACAAAAACAGUCCCACUAUGCACAGAACAUUGCAGAGCUAGGUUUGAUUUUGCCAAAGAAUACAAUAACUCUACUAAAGGAAAUUUCAUUAAUUUGUUAUCCGAUUAUUCUAAUUUUGUUCAGGUUACCUAAAGGCAGUGCAAAAAGAUGAAGACACUUGCAUAACGCAAUAUCAUGGAAAAAAUAAGCUACGGAGUAGAUUUAGUUAUGUUUAGGGAUGGUUAAAAUCAGUUUUUAAGAAGAAAUAAAUGAUAUUGCCGCUCAGAUUGAAUAAUCAGUCACAAUUGAAAAAGUAAGAUAGCUAUGUGAUCGAUUUUUCGUCGUGCCAUAGAGCCCUGCCGAUUGAUUAAUUGGAAAAUUAGUGACCUUAUAAAUACACCUUCAUUCCGUUUUUCAGGUUAACUACUAAUAAAGGGUAGAUUUUUUUCACAUAAGUGGAGUAAAAUAUUGUUGAUCUCAAUAUUAUGUUCCCUUAGGUAUUAUAUUUGAAGAUAUAAAACUACACGGCGGCAACAAAAAUUACUGGUGCCAACAAUAUUCAGGAUUGCUUAUUCUUUGCUUAGUUAUUAAAUGAGUAUAGCACUAAUUCUCUUGCUUAGAUUUUCAGAUGUAGAAAUAUAACAGCAUAGGUUGAGCCGAACACUUAUAUUUUCCAACAAUAUGACUAUUCAAAUUCUUUUUUGAGUUCUGUUGACUUUUUCAAGUAUAUAAACUGUCGUCGUAUUUCCUUUUAUCUCAAUGUCCAUUUAAGGAUCUCAGUACGGCAGCUAGGGGGUCCCGUAGCCGUUUCAAACCCCUCUCAGUUUUUGAGCCGUUUUUAAUUCCCCUCAGUUUUUGAACCGUUUCCCUAUAUAUUUUGACGCGAUGAAUCGAUUUCUCGACAAUGACAAGCCUAUAUCUGGCCAUAACUUUUACCCAAAGAAAGAUAUGAAAAAAGUUACAAAUAAAAAAGAUUUGUUUUAAAAAUAUCUACAAAAAAGGCUUGUACAGUGUUUUGCAAAAAAUCAAUAUUUAAAAAGUUAUUGUCAAUAUAAUGAAAAAUUGACGUUUUUUCUCACUUUAUCGGUCAUUACUUGGUUCCUACAUGACGAAGAAAGAUUUGAAUCAGAUCAUUUUAAACGUUAAAGUUUAAGCUUCAAAAUAAGAUGCUAGAGACUUUUAGAUAUAAUCUGUUAAAAAGUUACAAAAGUUUUAAUCUAGAAAUUUUCAUGAAAGAAGCAUCGUCAUUUUUUAUAAAUGUUUUAAAGUUAUAUAAAUUAAAAAAAACCAAAUGCACCUUAUUGUAGCUUAAAGUGCUAAUAAAUACGAAUAUUUUGAUCACUUCCAGUCAUGGUUUCGAUCCUUAGUUGUUUAUGCAGGUUUUAAACUAGGCUAAAGUACGCGCCCGCGAUCAGAGGUGUGCCUGCGAUAACUUCUUUACAGUAACUUAAUUGAAGUUGAUUUUUUAUGAUCUCAAAAAUAUAUUGAUACAAAAAUGACCAAAGUCAGGACAAAACAUGUUACUUCACAAAUUGGGCCUGAUAAAUUUCUUCAAUCAUUUGCUUAUGGUAAAAUAUAUACAUUAUACAGUUUCCAUUUCUAAGACAUCAAAUUUCUCUUUCUUAAAGUACUAUAAACACAGUUCUUCUGUAUUCGCAGAUGCUGUAAAAAUGGAAAUUUCAUUACAAAUUUUAUCUAGUGCAAGUUGUCAAACAAACGAGUAAAAAUAUUUACUUUUUUGAUAGUAAAACUAUAAUGGCAUUGCAACCAACGUCAAAUUCUAUCAGAGAUGCCAUAUUUUAGGAGUUUUCAAUGGUACUCACGAGCAAAUGAACUUAUCAAAAUUACAACGUAACAAAUUGAACCCAAAAGUUUUUGGAUUUGAGAUAGAUGAAACUAUUUUAGUAGCUUUGCUGUACCGACCAGCUUAUGAAUUGCCACCGAUUUGUAAUUGUAUUAAAUGUAAUACAAAAUACUGCAUAUGUAAAGAGUCUAAAUCACUGUGCCUUUCUUUUUGUAAAUGUAUUAAAGAUAACAUGUGAAAAAACUAUUAUACGAUACGAAAAUAGAUUGAAAAUACAUAUUAAUACUUGAAGGUUUGUCAUAAUUUUUGUCGAAACAAUUUUAUAAAAAGGUAAGGUUCAAUAAAAUAAUGAAACUUUUUAUCAGAGAAUAUCUAAAAGUCUGUCACAUCUCAUUUCGAAGCUUUAGCUUUAACGUUAAAAAUGAGGUAGUUUAAAUCUUUCUAUGUCUUCUAAGAACUAAGUAAUGAUCGAUAAAGUGAGAAAAAACAUUAAUUUCGCAAUAAUUUUGCAUAUUAUAUUAACGGUAACUUUUUAAAUAUUGAUUUUUUGCAAAAAGCUGUAUAUACCUUUUUAUAGAUCUUUUUAAAACAAUUUUAUUUAUUUGUAACUUUCUUUCAUCUUUCUUUCUUUGAGUUGUUGUUUUAUAAACAACUAAAUUGUUUAUAACAAAUUAUUCGGCUAGAUUUAAGCUUGGCACCCUUGAAAAAUCGAUUCUACGUAACAAAAAAACCUAAGAAAACGGUCUAAAACUGAGUUUCAAACGGCUACGUGACCUACCGUACUAUAUUGACAGUGUCCUGUAUUGUUGGUGGUUCACUUAUGGUUUGUAUGUAGUCGGUUCCACCCUCGUUUGUUUUUGUGCCUUUAUUUGCCUACCAAAAUUUUUCAAAAUUGCAUAUUUUCGUGGCAGAUACAAGGCAAUGUGUCAAUUGAAUGAAUUGAUUUCUGGUUAUUCCAAAUGAAGUAUGUUGAUAUGAAUAUGCUAGCUGAUCAUUGGAGGAGUGGUGCUGGUUUUAUAGUACUGCCCUCUAUAUCCUGUAAAUAAUUAUGUUUAUAAAAUUCGCAAAUUCAUUGGGGUCUAAAUAUUUGGGUAAUGAUAAAAAAUAAUCUUUUCCAUGGGUGAUUUGACCCAUUGUUGGGUUUUAGAUAGUGAUCCAUGUCUUAAAUUUUAUAUUUUUAUAAUUUUGUGAAUAAAUUGCAUUUUCACUGUUAGAAGUUGCUUAUUUUUGUAUACCAAAUAUUUAUACAGUUUCCAAUUUUGUAUAACUCUUGAUGUUUAUAUUUUUAAGAUGUGCUAUAGAAAAUAAAUUUUGAUACAAAAA